AUUGAAUCGAGCUUUUUGUAUGAUGCUGAUGGUGCUCUGAAACACUUCUGCUGAAGGAAUGCGCGCAUUUUCAUACAAUUCGUCGAAGACAAUGUUCGUGUAAUAUCGUUCAGAAAAAUCGAUCAAGGACAAACCUUAUCGUUUGAUUAAUUCGCGUAAGAAAUUGACCGAUCAGUGCUUCGUUCACCAUGGACAGGAGAAAAAUGUCUACAGCAGGGGACUCCCUCUAUCAGAUUUUGGAAGUUCCAAAAACUGCUACUUCGGAAGAUAUUAAAAAGACUUAUAGAAAACUAGCCCUGAAAUAUCAUCCUGACAAAAAUCCUAACAAUCCAGAAGCAGCUGAAAAGUUUAAAGAAAUAAAUAGAGCACAUGCUAUACUGACAGAUUUAACGAAACGUAAUAUAUAUGAUAACUAUGGAUCUCUUGGUCUAUACGUCGCAGAGCAGUUUGGAGAAGAAAAUGUUAACGCUUACUUUGUUGUCACCUCUGGAUGGUGCAAGGCUCUAUUCAUAAUCUGUGGAAUACUUACUGGUUGUUACUGUUGUUGCUGUUGUUUCUGCUGUUGCUAUUUCUGUUGCGGUAAAUGUAAACCAGCUCCUCCCGAGGAUACCGGUGCAUACCAUAAUUUACAGUUGCAAAGCAUGUCAGCGAGGAAAGAAUAUCUUAGUAGAUAUUUAAUUGCAAAAACAAGCAGUUUAAGGAGUUCAUGCAACUUAUAUAUGAUCGACGUAUGCAUAAAACGGAACCUGAAUCCAGAGGCUGUUGUGACAAAUCAACCGCGAGGUUUUGGCAAGGAAGACGAAAGCGAUGAUGACGCUGUGACAUCUCAACCUCAAAGUGGUACAUCGCAAAAUGCGUCUAAUGUGCAGCAACCAAUAUUUGCUAUGCCUGCACCAGGAUCAGCGGCACCAGCAUCUACGGUCAACGAAAGCACGAAUCUAAACAGUGGCGGUGAACGUGUGAUUUAUACUACUGCGGCUGCUACAAAUCCAUUCAUAGGACCCAAUGCACCUACGAGUGACACUGGACCAACCAGAUGGUAGACUGAAUAAGCCCGUCAUGGAAAACCCAUCACAAACAUUGAAUUCAUAUUUAUAAUGUCGGAUCUCUACGAUAGCUCAUUAACAUAGCUUUUAAGUUGAUUGUCUUGAUAAAAUAGAUAAUGAUUAGUGUACGUUGUAACGUAUAUUUAUAUCUAAGUAAUAAGUUAUAAUAAUAUAAGUUUUUUUCUUUUCUUUUUUUAUUGUACAUAAAAUCUGUACAUUACACUAGAAAUCACAAUUGCAUUAUAUUUAUUCAAAUAGUUUCGAUGUAAUGGUUUCUUUAUAUUUAUUAUAUUUAAUUCAUAAUUUAAUUAACAUAACAAUUUUCCACUUUAUAGAAAAUUAUACUACCUAUUUUACACUUUUUUUAAUGAAUAAAAGUAUGCUUUAUACUUGUACUCUUUUCUGAUCUGAUUUGUAAAGUUUUUAUUUUUUUUUUUUUGUUUUUGUAUAUUUUUAUAAUAGAAUUUUUAAAAGAUUAGCACUUAUAUGAGCAAAAAUAAAUUAAGAUGAAGCCUUGAUAAAAAUUCCUAUGUGAAUUCUUAUACCAAUUGUAAAACGCGCGCGUGCGGAAAACAUACUCACAUUACUUAUACAUAUAAGAUAAUAAUAUAUAUUAUGUAACGAGUGCGGUGAGUCGGCUAUUGCCCAUAAGUGCAUUCACCCGCACGAAUGGGCUAAUCCGCCCAUGUUACCAUAUUUUUUGUUACCUGUGCGACAAAGUGUAGGCUUUGUUGAGUGUAAAUUGACAGGUGAGAAGAGGAUCACUUUCGCUGCACAGGUAGCGAAAUAGUCUUUUUCUUCUCUUUGGUACAUUUGCACAUAGUAUUUUAUUAAUCUAUGACUACCCACCUCCAAUUAAGUUCUCAAAAUAAAAUGUAACAUUUAAAUUAUAUUAUAUAAUAAUUAUACAAAAUGUAUAAGAAACACGAGAGUGUCAGUAAGAUGAAAAGGGACAAGUAUGGAAGCAUUUUUAAUGGAUUUCAAAAUAGCUAUUCGUUGAAGGCCUAAUUAUGAAGUUGUUCAACGUUUAAUACUUAUCUAAAAUGCAAUUAAUUCUGCUUUUCUGCAACUAAUUCUGUUUUUAAAUUAAAUUUUAAAUUAAGCUUUUUUCUUUAAUAAAAAUUUAAUCUUGAUCAUAAUAAGUAAUAUAUAUUUAUUAUAAAAUUUUUACGAAAAAUUGACUCAAAUUUUUUUUAAAUACCAUAUACAAUUUUGUGUGUGUGUGCGUAUGUGUGCGUGCGCGCAUACACAUAUACAUACAUUGUUGAUCCCCCCUGCACCUAUAUAUAUUAGUAAUGUUAAGAAAUGGUAUCGUGCGUGAAUAAUCUUUAUGAAAAAAAUAUAAUAUAAAAACUUGUUGCGAUAUAAUUAUCUUUUGCACACUAAAUCUCAUAUCGUGCAUUAUGACAUCUGAGAGUAUUCAAGGAUAAUAUUAUGUAAAGUUGAUUCUAAAUUCAGCUUAACUUAGAAAUUUACGUAUAUCGUUUUUUAUUUUAAUUGAUUUUGUAUCUGUAUUAUAAUUUAUCUACAAAUAAUAUUGUUUAUCUAAAAUGUUUAUCUUGUACAUCGGAAUAAAAUUACUAAUGAUAUAAUUUAACA